AUGACAGAGUUUAUUGAACCAAAAGUAGUUAUAAUUGAGGAACCUAGACAACGGGGGCUGAGAUUCAGAUAUCAGUGUGAAGGACGGUCUGCUGGUAGUAUUCCUGGUCAAAGUAGCAGUGCAGAAAAGAAAACUUAUCCCACAAUUAAGAUCCAGAAUCACCGAGGGCCUGCCAUUGUGGUUGUUUCCUGUGUUACUAAAGAUUCACCACAUAAACCUCAUCCGCAUGCUCUAGUUGGUAAAGAUUGUAAGAAAGGUGUCUGUACUGUCAAAGUUAAAGAUACCAGUGUUAUUAGCUUCCCUCAUUUGGGUAUUCAAUGUGCCAAGAAGAAAGGUAUUCAAGAAUCCUUAGAUUUACGUAAAAGUGUAAAUGUGGAUCCAUUUCAAACUGGAUUUGAGUUUGUAAACAGCUCUGCUGAAAUGAGUGUUGUAAGAUUAUGUUUUCAAGUAUUUUUACCAGAUGGAAGUGGCAAAAUAACCAAAGUUUUGCAGCCAGUUGUUUCUCAACCUAUACAUGAUAAAAAAGCCCUCAAUGAUUUAGUAAUCUGUAGAGUUGAUAAAAGUUCUGGUAGAGCUAAAGGGGGAGAUGAAGUGUUCAUUUUGUGUGAAAAGAUCAACAAAGAUGAUAUUGGGAUUAAAUUCUAUGAAGAAAGGAAAGAUGGCACAAUCGAAUGGGAGGCUUUCGGUGAAUUUGGAGCCGGAGAUGUUCACAGACAGUAUGCUAUAGUAUUUAAAACACCAGAAUAUAGAAACUGUUAUAUCAACAGACCAGUUCAAGUUUUUAUGCAGCUACACAGACCAUCAGAUGCAGAGACAAGUGAACCUAUUAAUUUUAUAUAUAUGCCGGAUGACCCAGGUAAGCAUAUAGUAGUAACAGUUUUAGGUUAUUUUGACAGUCGAUAA